AUGCGUCGAAUGUUGAAGAAGCUGAACUACGUAGCGGAAGGAGAUGCACCGCAUAAGGAAAAUACAAGGGACUGGCAACCUCAAGAACACCAGCAAACGAGGCGGGGGCGAGAAGAAAAAGACAGAGGUAGCUUUGACUCAAAGAAUACAGAAGCCGAAGCAGAGGCUGCACUAGAAGCAGCGCAGCAGCAAAUGAACGGGCACCUAGGUGACCUCGUAUCACGUUUGAAAGAUUUGGAUGUGUCUCGGCCGAAAAUAAGCACAUUUGAGGAUAUACAAGUGCAAGUUGCAGGCGGCAAUAAACGACUGAGUGAUUUGGCUCAAGUGCAAAUCAAGGGGAGUUCAGUCGUCGUACUUACGCUGUUUUCCGAACAGCAUCUUUCAAAGGUGAUUUCAGCAUUAAGAAGGACGGAUGAGAAUUGGAGGAUUGUCGAGGACGGACCAGUAACUGUCCGCGUGCAGCUUCCAAAGAUGACUGAGGACCUGCGGAAUUCCUUCAUCGCUCAGGCGAAAGCUGCAACAGAAGAAGUCAGUUUCGUUUUUGCCGCGUUUCAGAAUGUUGCUUGCUUUCACAUGAAGAGCCUGCCUUCUGGAUGCAUCAUAUUUAUCCGUCUCUUCUCUGUUUGCUACAGUUUCGAGCAGUUGCUGGUGGUUGCUAGUGCUGUUUCUCAUUCCUGA